AGAUAUCGAAUCACUCUACGUUGAGCAUUGAGACGCAAAGACGCAACAUACAUCAAUUGUUAAAACGGAGAGACGUUGCAGAUAGAUACAUAAUGGGAAGAAAACCGAAAUCACAAGAAAGUACGGAUUGGGAACAAGUCGGAGAGGAGGCGAUGUUGGAGGCCCUGGAUUCAGCGCUAUUGGCUGUACUAGAUGGAAGGAUGCAAAAGCAAGACUACUAUUUCAAGUUCUGCACUGCUGAUUCCAAUGAAUAUGCUGGAAGCUGUGAAAGGAGAUCAAGUAGGAGUCGGAAACUCAGUAAAGAGAUGCUUGAGAUGGUGAAAUUAGCAUUUGAAGCAGUUGGAAGUGGAUCUUUAAAAGAAGAAGGCUAUUACUUCGAACUCACUACUCCUUAUUUCCAAUACAAAUCAGGCUGCUAUCCACCGCAUCAGAAUGAUCAAACGACAUGUUUUAAGGAUCCCCUAGGGCCUGAGUCCUGCAGAAUUUCGGAUUACAGCUUACCAGUUGGGUCACAGAUCAGGAACUUUGUGAACGAUCCAUUACCGUAUCAGCUAACAUGGAAAAGGAAGCCGAACAGACCCAUGAACGGCAUUACCAUCACAUUGUCAACAUCAUGGUUCUCUAUUCGAUUGUUCCUGGUAAUUUCCGUGAUGAUGGUACAUGCAACACCUUCAAGUGCCAUGGAGGAACCACCCUUGACACUGACUGCCGGGCAAAGUGGCGUCAUUCCGUUUGGGUGCAAGAACAGACAACCGUCUGCGCCUAAAUACUACACCGUCAAGUUCGAGGACAAAGACCGUCCUUUCUACAUAGAUGGAUUGUUUGACACCGAAGGACUGAUGUCACCGAAUCAAGCUGGACGAUUUAACGUGGAAUAUGUCGAGAACGACAGUGAAAUGUCUAUACAAAUCAAUAUAGCUUCUGUUUCCGUCGAAGACCAGGGAACAUACGUCGCAAUACUCAUUGUCCAUGGGAAUACACUUGAGUCUCAUACCAUGAAAAGAGCUGUCUUUAUAUUCAUUCCCCCCGGCCCGGCGAUUUGCUUUAUAGGGCCCAGUGAAACUUUACUUACACGGUAUACGAUUCAUUGCCAUUCCAGACGUGGAAAUGGUAAUCCCACUCUUAGCUGCUUUCAAAAAGGCGACAAAAUUCCAUUUUUUUACAAUAAUGCCGGUGAAGAGGGCGAUUCUCAGGUAGUUCUCAGACGGAAUUUUUGGUUCAUGGAUAUAGACAGCCCAGUAUUUUGUUGUUCUCAUGACCAAAGCGAUACUAUUACUCAAUCGUUAUGUAACCAAUACAGAUUUCCCUACAAAUACCCUGAAAUUAGCACUACUCCCAAACCACCGAAAAUUACUACGGAAAUUGCGCUGAUAAUAAGUUCCAUAUCCAAACCAGAUAAAAACAUUCCUUAUCCUUCGUAUUCGGGAUGUGAUCGGAAUAGUAACCAGUCUGCUCUUAUCAUCUCUCUUGCCGUGCUUUUCACUUAUGCUUGCAUAUCGAAUCCUUAAAACAGCCUCUCAAUGAAAAUGAAGUUCAAGUUUUGUCUCUGUAUUUUCUUUCAAUUCACAUUACCAAAA